AUGGACUUCCAAGAGUGGCGCGCAAAACAGCGCGCUAAACUUGAUGGAGCUCCAGAUGCAGAGGAAAAGUCGCCAAAAGCGUCGUUUGCGGGUUUUGUACUGGCAGAGCGUUGCGGACACCCACUACACCCUCGGGAUCCCCGUUUAGAAGCUCAAGAUCAGCGGGAGGAUGAGUCGGACGAAGAGGGCAAGGAGCGCGAUACGAUCGCUUGGUGUCCUAUGUGCACUUUGCAGAUCCAUCUCAAGCUUCUAGGUGAGCUAUGGGAGAAGUGGAUGGAAUCUGGCGGCCCCUGGCGUAUCUUGCCUCUGGAUGCUACUAGUGAGAACUUCCAAGUCGGAAAGCGGGCAUACUACAAGCGGAAAACCGAUUUAGUCAACAACGUCGAUGACCUGGAGGAUAUCGCGCGUUUGGAAGCUUCAUGGGAGGCUGCGAAUCCCACUGUGGACACCGAGUUCGCGCGCUCGUAUAGCGCAGACAGCUGUGGAAGGGGAGUAAAGGAGCGCCUCUCGUACUCGCCAGACACAACGAAGGAUACUCGACAUCGUUCAAGCGGCCUUUACGCUCGGAACUACCCCUGCUACGAUCCUGACUCCCCAUACCGUUGUCCUAAAGAUGAUGGUUGGGCUGAGACUUCGUUUAAAAAUAGCUGGGAAUACAAUGUAUGGCAAUGCCGCACCUUACUAUGCGACAAAGAACCCUCUCAACCGGACGUCACUUACCGCGAACUCACCGACGACGAUUCCAAGGACAAUCUCAUCAAGGGUAUUGAAGAGUGGUUUAGUAAAAUGGAGGAGGAUCGGAAAGUGCCCUGGAUCAACAUACUGCUUACCACAACUGACAUCUUCGUUGUCUGGAGAGGCCCAUCUUUCCUUGACAAGCCGGACGGCGAAUUUGACAACUGGGACAGGGUUGAAACACUUUUGGGAACAAGUCUGGAAGCCUAUGCUCGACAGAUUGGCGAUAUCAUAGAUGAAGGCUCUGAGGCAGAGACGAGCUCCGAUGGCCAGCUAGUCGCAGGAGAAGAUGUUGAAGCCUUUUUCGAGCAAGGCUCUCUAGCAUCUGAUCCCGAGUCUGACGAAGAGCGCGAAUUGCCAGAUGCCAUGGUUCGAGAAAAGGAUGAUAAUGAUGUGGUCAUUGACAUUGUUGGGCAAGAACAACAACCUGGUCCCGUGACACUGGAGGAGGUCACUGGAACAGGGAGUUGUCGGCCUGACGAAGUAGGUGAGCGCUAG